AUGAUAGCCAAUGUUAGCACGAUCCUCACACUGCUACCUCUGUUAGCUAUGGCAAUACCUUCAACACCAGAAAUAGCCAUCAAGAAACGAUCAGUCACCUGUCUAAACGUCGGCGCAACUGCCACAGCCACCUGGACCAAUAGUGCCGGACAAAGCUGUUCCUUUGUCGGCGUGGUAGGAAGUAAUUAUGGCACCAACAGCGCCGGAUCAGGAGAUUAUUCCUGCAAUGGCCGAUGUGGCACUGGAUGCAGUGGUACUGCAGCUGGCAAUGUGUAUACCCAAGACUGCUUCUCCCAUGAUAUCUGCUCCUAUUUUAACAAUGCAAGCGGAGGAGCAAGUGAUCCAAACUGCGGAGCUGCUUAUGACGAUGCGGUGGACGAUUAUCUCCUUGGUGUUGUAGAUGGAUGUUCGCAGACGAAUCCAUCCUCGGCAGUUUCGAAGCCAACCUCAACUCCUGUCUGUACAUAG